CUGUGGAACAUAAAGAAGGGCAGUAUGGUUGGCGAUCCGUGGGAGGGGCACCAUGAUCAAGUGAAGUGCCUCGAUUGGUCUCCAAAUGCCCUGGAGAUAGCAAGUGGAUCAGAAGAUGCACCGCCAAUAGAGACCAGUCACGGCUGGGUGAAUGCUGUCAAAUACUCUCCGCGAUGUGACAAAUUAAUGAGUGGCGGAGUGGACAAGAUGAUCAGUGUGUGGUCAAAGGAUGGGCAGCUGCUUAUGAAAAUCAAGGGGCAUGAAGACGUGGUGACGUCAUUGUGUUGGUCCAAGGAUGGUGCACACAUCUUCUCCUCAUCAUGUGAUCACACUAUCCGAAAAUGGCGCUCGAUUGAUGGGGAGGAACUCAUCGUUCUUCCGGGACAUACCAACGCUGUCAGAUCUAUUUGUCUGUCGCCUAAUAAAAUUUAUCUCCUUAGCACAUCAAGUGACUACACCGUUCGCAUCUGGGACCUCAAGACGAAUCAGCAAGUCGGAGAUCCACUCUGGCAUGAUGACGAACUCUUUGCUGUUGUCAUGUCCCCCGAUGGAAAAUACAUUGCCAGCGCUGGAAAAGAUGCAAAAAUUUAUAUAUGGAGCGUGGAGGCAGCGCUCAAACAGCAGGGUGGUGUGGAUGAUGCUAAAGCAAAGCCCGACGCGAAGUUCAAGAGACGUCCAAUCCAACCAAGAGAUAACUUUGCCUCCCGUCCAAUCAUCGCGAAACAGUUUGCGAAUAAUAGGGGUGUUGGGAGAUAUGGCAAUGAUUUCUUUGGAAGCGAUAUAAACCGUGUGCCAGCUCCGCCUGCGGGACCGUCGUCUCUCCUUCGUAGUUUGUUCGGUUACAUAAGUGUCGGCACGCGAUCUCCAAAUUCACUUCAAUCAAUGCCGCGCGAGCCCCGACACUGGAAUUUCAACUUAUUUCCUGUAUGGAUUUCUAGACGGACAGUUUUUGUAUCCCCUGCUCGCGAUGAAGAUAGAUACGGCAUUACCCCUGAAUCUGAUGCAGAAGCUGCCGCAGCCAUGCAACGUACAGGUGGCAAUGAGACUAACAGUUCAGCGCAACAAGCUCAACCUGCAGCUGGGAUACAAGGAUCUGAAGGACUACCAACGGAAAGACAAGGCUCAAGUGGUGGGACUGAAGAAGUUUUCUAUGAGGUUAGCUGCUGUGGAUUUUACAUUGGUCGUCGUCCCACUUCGCAUCGGUCAUGAGGUCAUUUAUUCGGAUUUUGUCGUUCGAUAGUUUUACCUCUUAUGUUUCGUGUGUUUAUGCUCAUUCACUUACCUUGU